UCGCAUCCAUUCAUUUGGCCGUGAAAUCUAGCCGCUCACGCGCGACAUUACUUGGCUUCUAUAAAUAAAGUGUUUCCAGGUGAGGCCGUGUGAUUCUCACCCGUAACUUGGAAUUCUACGAGCUCUGCUCUGCUGUGUUCCAAACUAUUCUCUCAUCACAGCUUGAGAAAUGGAAACAGAGACAUUUCUAUUCACCUCUGAAUCCGUCAAUGAGGGCCACCCUGACAAGCUGUGCGACCAGAUCUCCGACGCAGUGCUUGAUGCCUGCCUAGAACAGGAUCCUGACAGCAAGGUUGCCUGCGAGACAUGCACCAAGACUAACAUGGUCAUGGUCUUCGGAGAGAUUACAACCAAAGCCAGCAUAGACUAUGAGAAGAUUGUUCGCAACACUUGCCGCAACAUUGGAUUUGUCUCCGAUGAUGUAGGUCUGGAUGCUGAUAAAUGCAAGGUGUUGGUGAACAUUGAGCAGCAGAGUCCUGAUAUUGCUCAGGGUGUGCAUGGCCACUUCACCAAGCGCCCAGAAGAAAUUGGUGCUGGUGACCAGGGUCAUAUGUUUGGUUAUGCCACUGAUGAAACCCCCGAAUACAUGCCACUGAGCCAUGUCCUUGCAACGAAAUUAGGAGCUCGCCUUACCGAGGUUAGGAAGAAUGGAACCUGUGGUUGGUUGAGACCAGAUGGUAAGACACAAGUGACAGUAGAGUACUACAAUGAGAAUGGUGCGAUGGUUCCAGUUCGUGUCCACACUGUUCUGAUUUCCACCCAGCAUGACGAGAGUGUGACAAAUGAACAAAUUGCUGCGGAUCUUAAGGAGCAUGUUAUCGAGCCAGUGAUUCCUGAGAAGUACUUGGAUGAGAAGACCAUCUUCCACCUUAACCCUUCUGGUAGAUUUGUGAUUGGUGGCCCUCACGGUGAUGCUGGUCUUACUGGGAGAAAGAUUAUCAUUGAUACUUAUGGUGGGUGGGGUGCACAUGGAGGCGGUGCUUUCUCUGGAAAGGACCCCACUAAGGUUGAUAGGAGUGGUGCCUAUGUUGCAAGACAAGCAGCAAAGAGUAUUGUAGCAAGUGGACUUGCACGCAGAUGCAUUGUUCAAGUCUCCUAUGCAAUUGGUGUUCCAGACCCAUUGUCAGUUUUUAUUGACAGUUAUGGAACUGGAAAGAUUCCUGACAAGGAGAUUCUUGAACUUGUGAAGGAGAAUUUUGACUUCAGGCCUGGAAUGAUCACCAUUAACUUGGAUCUCAAGAGGGGUGGCCACAGGUUUCUCAAGACAGCUGCAUAUGGACACUUUGGAAGGGAGGACCCUGACUUCACCUGGGAAGUCGUCAAGCCACUCAAGUGGGAGAAGCCUCAGAAUUAAGCUUUUGUUGGAUGAUUAUCCAUACAGUAGAAUUUGGAUCGAAAUUCACUGUACGUGUACCCCCCUUGUUUGACUGUUUGCUGUGGAGGGGGUAAAUUUUUACCCAUUAAAAAUAAAGUGUUUUGGUACACAAUUUUUACAUCAAAAACUUGUUUUAUGUUUA